UCAGGAAAAAAAUCCCUCAAGCCAUCUAGAGUUUUCAAUGGAAACCGCCCAGGUUUAUUAAAUGCAUUAUUAAUUAACUUACUUUUCAUUGUACCGUUUGAAUACUGGCGUCUAAAAUCACCGCAUCGUUGUUUCCAGGAGCAGUUUGAACGGAUUAAAGUGGCAAUGGAGGAUGUUCAUCAGAAUAACACCAAUGGCUCCGAGUCUCAAACUGUCAUCCCUACAACUAUUACUGCCUCUCAAAUAUCUCAGAUAGCACAGCAGAUGUCUCUGGGUGGGUCUCAAGUGGCCGUGGUCCAGCUGCCCAGUGGUCAAUUCCAGGUCCAAGGUGUGAUUCAGGCAGCUCAGUCAUCAGUUAUCCAGUCUCCAUCAACUCAUGCACAGGGUCAAGGAUCAGACAGUGAUGAUUCUCAAGAUUCAUCUGACAGUGGAUCUAACCAGCAGUCAAGAGAAAUCUUGGCUCGCCGCCCAUCCUACAGGAAGAUUCUAAAUGAUCUCUCAGCUGAGGAAGUGGCAACUCAGAACGAGGAAAAUGAAGAAAGCUCCACCUCCUCUGCCAUAACCAGUGUCUCACUCCCCACUCCCAUUUACCAGACAAGCAGUGGCCAAUAUAUCACAAUUUCAUCCAAUGGCUCACUGCAGCUGGCUAGCGAGGGAAUGCAAGGUCUGCAAACUCUCACCAUGACCCACUCGAACCCAAGCCAGCCCACUAUACUACAGUACGCCCAGACUGCUGAUGGCCAACAGAUUUUACUGCCCAGCAACCAGGUGGUGCUCCAAGGUGCGGGUGGAGAAAUGCAAGCUUAUCAGAUUCGCUCCUCUAACUCAUCGAUGCCUCAGACCGUUGUCAUGACAUCCCCCGUCAUCAGCUCCCAGGGCAAGAGCGAUGACCCACAAAUGAAGAGAGAGAUACGCCUCGCAAAGAACAGGGAGGCAGCCAGAGAGUGUCGGCGAAAGAAAAAGGAGUAUGUUAAGUGUUUGGAAAACCGUGUGGCUGUGCUGGAAAAUCAGAACAAGACUCUUAUCGAAGAGCUGAAGACAUUAAAGGACCUGUACUGUGUCAAAAGUGGCUAAUGGGACAUUCCUCCAAUCACGCUAAAGGAACUUUACCGGCAUACCUGUCUGCCUACUUGCUUAUACAAAUGCAGAAACUUUGACUUUUUGGCACAGGGAAUACAUUAAUCCUCCUCCUGUCAAACGUCUGUUUUUAACUCCUUUUUAACUAACAGCCUAAGAACGAUUGACCAGAAAAAACGAAUACGCUUUUCAAAGUAGAUGGAAAGAAGGAUCAACUUUUCCAUGACAUGUUUUUAUUUGCGGUCAACAGAUGUUUAUAUUUGUGUAUGUAUCUUGUGCAAGUAUUGGCACAUCUACACUGGGAGUUCUUGCUUUGUCCUCGACCCAUUUGGUUUCCAGGGAAUCUUGAAUGUUAAUUUUAUUGAAGUGCUUGCUCAACACAUCUUUUGCUUGCAGUAGAAAUGCAGAAUUGACAGACUUAUAUUUUUACCUUAUAACUGAUGCGCUUGAACGGUGUGUGUAUGAAAAUUUGACGCGAUUGUCAUGCAGUUGUGUUUUUUGCAUUAUUACCCCGUUUUUGAAUUUCUGGUAUUUCUAUCCCCAUUCCGUGUUUUAUUUCAUUGAAUUUUAGUGCAACGAUUCCUACAGAGUCUGAACAGAAUUUAAGGUAAGAGCUUUGGCAGAUUUAUGAAUAAAUCUAUGGCUAACAGGAAACCGAGGUAUACUUGUUUUAGACUCAAAAUAAGCCUUAUUCUGAAUUGAUAUUGUAAUAGUGUCAGACUUUGUAAUGUCCAACUGGUCUGUAUGCCAUAUUCAUGUACACACUUUAUUUGCGUCUUUUGAUGGUUUUAGCUUAUAGGCUAGGCUCAUGGAUUACUGCUGUUUAAAAGUGAAGCUGUUACAAGACAAUCGAAUCAGGGAGCACAUACCUGCACUUCACAAAGCAGGACACAUCAGUAAACCAUGAACUCAAUAAAGAUGUCCCUUGUUUUUGGUAAGGUGAAUCUAAAUAAAUAUUUUUCCAGCCUUUGAA